AUGGAGGACUGCCUGCACACCUCCUCGGAAAACCUGUCGAAGCUGGUGAGCUGGGCCCACAGCCAUGGCACCAUCUGCAGCCUCAUCCCCAACCUGAAGCACCUGCUCUCGGAGGGCGCGCACGGCAACCUGACGGCCAUGUGGGGCUGCAGCGCCGGCCAUGCCUACCACUGGCCCCUGGCGGCCACGUGCCGGGCCGGCUCCCAGGAGCGCGUCUGCUUCCAGGACAGCCGCAGCUUCAACUCGGACAGCCCCAGCAUCAUCGGCGUGCCCUCGGAGGCGCAGGCCAGCCCGCUGGAGCGCUACCCAGGGCGGCCGGGCAAGGCCAAGCUGGACUGCACACGCACGCGUGACUCCUGCGACUUCUCCUACUGCAGCGAACCCUCAGAGCUGGGYGAGGCCGUGGAGGAGUACGAGGACGAGGCCACUCUCUUCGACAUGGUCUGCGAGUCCUCGGUCACCGACGAGGACAGCGACUUCGAGCCGCACCCGCAGCGGGCGCCGAGCAUGGCGCGCAAGCGGCCGCCCGCCCCGCUGUGCCCCACCGCGCCGGCCCUGGYGACCGACGAGGGCGGCGGCGAGGUCAUCGUCAAGAAGAUAAAGCAGGAGCUGCCCGAGGACUACUACAUCGUGGCCAACGCCGAGCUGACGGGCGGCGUGGACGGGCCGGCCCUCUCGCUCAYGCACAUGUCCAAGCCCAAGCCCCAGCCUCACUCCAGCACCUCCUACCCCUGCGCGGCCAAGCCCGCCCCGCUGGGCGCCCCGGUGCCGGGCGCCGACCUGGAGGCGCCGGGCGCCGCCNNNNCCGUGCUGCCGCGGCCGCCCGCGCAGAAGCCGCCGCGCGGUGCCGUGGCGUCCCCGGCGCGGGGCGCCGGCCCGCAGGCGCCUGUGAGCAGCUCCAACACCGCCGGGAAGCCYAUCAGCAUCCCGCUGUCCGCUCUGCAGCUGCCCGGGCAGGAGGAGCCCCCCGGCGCCGAGGACGCGGCGCCGCCAGCGCCUAAUGYGGCGCCGGGCUGCGAGGCGGCCGCCCCCUCGCCGUCGCUGAGCACCGAGCCCGAGGUCAGCUCCAGCCAGCAGCAGCCCCACGCCACGCUCGCCGUGCCCGCCGAGGCGCCGGCCGUGCCGGCCGUGCCAGACCAGGACGARAGGGCGGCGGAGCUGAGCAGGGAGCAGAACGAGAAGACCAUCCGGAGCACGCAGACGGCGCUCCGCAACUUCCGCGAGUUCCUCAUCUCCAAGUACCCCUCGGAGACGCGCGAGAUCUACGUGAUCCCCUGCAAGGAGCUCGACGCCUACCUCGCUUCCUUCUUUGUGGACGCCAGGCAGAAGGAUGGCUCUGAGUACGAGCCCAACAGCCUGGCCAACUACCAGUGCGGGCUGGAGCGCUACCUCAAGGAGCACAGGUAUGGGUACAGCAUCACCAGGGAUAAGGAGUUCAAGCGGUCCCAGGAAGCCCUGAAGCAAAAGCAGAUAGAGCUGAGGUGCAAGGGUAAGGGCAACAAGCCACACAAGUCCAUGAAGCUCACCUUUGCUGAUGAGCUGAUCCUGCGCAAGAGGGGUUUGUUGAGCCGGUACAAUCCCGAAGGGCUCCUGAACCUCGUGUGGCUCAACAACACCAAGGCGUUUGGGCACUGCACGGGCUUCCACGGCUCCACCCUCAAGUGGGGAGACAUCCGCCUCCGCGUGACGGAGACCGGGCUGGAGUACCUGGAGUGGAUGGGGCCGGACAACGGCGACGCCAAYGCCAAGAGCAAGCGCGGCGGGACGGACUCGCGCGUCUACGCCACGCAGCACUCCCCGCAGACCUGCCCCGUGCAGGACUACAAGGAGUACGCGCAGCGGCGGCCCCCGGCCAUGCGCUACGAGGACGCCCCUUUCUACCUGUCCAUCAAGCCCGUUGUCAACCUGGCCGCGCUGCACUGGUACAACUGCCAGGCCCUGGGGAAAAACAAGCUGGCCAAGAUGGUGAAGACCAUGUGCGAGAAGGGCAACAUCCCCGGCAGGAAGACCAACUUCAGCGUCUACCAGAGCUGCAGCACCCUCUCGGAAGCACAGAGCAACCAGCUGGUGCUCAUCUGUAACAACCUGAGCCAGCAGGCUGCCCAGUCCAUGGCAAGCCACUCCAAUGCCGGCAACUUCAUAGUGUCAGCUUCCUACGACUCUUCCUCCGACACGGCCUGAGGGAGGGAUAUAAGCCCAACAGUUCCUUCCUUCCCAAGCGUUGAGUUUGUGCCCACUAACACACAUCAACUGUGAUCGUACGCUGUUCCCCGCCGCCUCUCCCAGUCCUCUCAAGUGUUAACUCACUUUAUAAAAAUAUAUAAAUAUAUAAUAUA